AAAAUCUUGAAGGCCUGUAGACAGGCAAGACAUAUAGCAUACUGCAGCAACGGGCUCAAGACUCAAGCUGUCCUAUCACGCAUAGUGACGAUUGCGUACAAUCAGAUAUUCGACAAGUUUUGAAUAUGUUGUACGCGUGGCAACUAACCAAAAAUUCUUGGUCCGUACAUGUUUGGGCCGAAUGUUCGAGAGACACUGGGCGACAUGAUGGAAUUGCACUUCUACGACCAUUUUCCAUCCCACUUUUCAUCCAGGAAAAUUGUUUGAAGACUCAACAUGUCAAGAUUCGGAACCUGGAAGGGCCUCCAAAGAUGUUGAAGCAACUCGAGUUGAUAGAUCAAGCCAUAUCUCCUCAAAACCUCUACGUGCUCGGUCUGCCCUUUGAUCUCACCAAGCCCGAAUUUUCCGCCUUGUUUUCGCGUUUUGGUACUGUCAUGCACGCUGUGAUUCUCGCCACUGUCGAUAACGCAUCUCGCCGUCGCGGGUUCGUGGUAAUGUCAUCUCAUGAGGAAGCCAAACGUGCAAUGAAUGCGCUCUCGCGAACGCAAAUAAAAGGACACACCCUUGAUGUAUCUUGGGCCGUCGUACAACGCUCUCAAGAUGACGCAGACAGGACGAUGAUGCUGGCAUCCUCAAACCCUUCCGAGUCACUUCCGGAAAUGGAGUUCGAUCACCAACCCGCACCUCCAACCAUCAGUUCACCCCAAUACGCCUUCCUCGAAGUUGCUGGUAUCGAACUUGCCGAUUCUUCUCUUUGCUCAGGCCAGUGACUUGCAUCCUCUGUUCUAUCCUUUCGGUCCCAUCAAGGAGGUGAAGCUCAUGGAUUCUGCUAUGCUCGGCAAUGGAACCACAACCGCUCUAGUCGAAUACGUGAAUGUCUUCGAUGCUCAGGAAGCCAAAGACGCACUUCAACGACAGUUCUAUGGGACCUCACGCCCGGAAGUCCGAUUCAUCCAAGACAAUAUAUAUCCGGUUAAUUCUACUGCUGCUGCCGCCGUUGC